AUACGCGAGUUUAGGUCCAUUUUUAAGGUCUAUUUUAUGUAUGUUUUAGGUGCAUUUCUAGGUUUAUUUAUAAUGUUAUUUCCUUUCAGGGUAAACUUAUGUAUGACCCAGAGUUUGAGAAGGCAUUCACUAUGGCUACACUGAAUGUCAAAGCUUUGGGAGAGUUGUGUAAAAUCUGCAAAUUGCUUGCCAAUAAUACCAAACUGACAAAACCCAAUACAACACAGUGUUUGCCACAUGGCAAUGUAAUACCCGCCGCCAUGAAAAUUGCCCUGAAGAGUGUCCCAGAAUGCCAGCACUUACCAGACAAUGCAAAUGUCUUCAAGGGUAGAAGACUACCUGCACAAUCCAUUGGUUACAUCAACCGUACAUCAAACAGUGUAAAAUGGCUGGCAUUUGCCUAUGAAUCUACUACAGCUAAAGGUCUGUCAUACUUUGAGGCAUAUCAGAAAUACCAAGACUGGGAGAAGUUUAUUCGGCAAAUUAAAAAGGAUGUCUUAGCUCCAGAUUCUCCUUUACACAACUUCUUUCAGACGUCCGAGUUCUGGAAAACGGUCAUGAUGGAGGUUGUAGCUGUAAGCAGUGCUAUAUAUGGCUUGGUUCUCUCUAUGAUUAUAUGUGUAGCGGCUGUAGCAAUAUUUACUGGACA